GACGCUGAGGGUUGUGAGGGAUUUGUACGGCCCGGAGAUACGGACAGGGGCCCCAACACGACGACUCUGCUGAUAUCAUGGGGCAACCGGGAUACGGCUCCGCGGAGACGCAGUGCUUCUGCUACUGAGUGGGGGAGACAGUGGGCUAAUCCCCCCGUAUAGCCGCUGGGGGAGGAGGAAAGAGGAGCAGCGCCCGGCCUGGAGGACUGAGAGCAAGAGUAGGAGGUGACCCUUUGGAAGGCAAGCCUCAACAGACAGAAGCAUGGUUGAAGUGCAGGCUUUCAUUCUGGAAACAAUCGGAGAGGUGGUGAUCACUGCAAUAUGAACCGAGAAGAUCGGAACGUGCUGCGUAUGAAAGAAAGGGAAAGGCGAAAUCAAGAAAUCCAGCAGGGCGAAGAGGCCUUUCCAUCAAAUUCUCCUCUCUUUGCUGAACCUUAUAAAGUUACGUGCAAAGAAGAUAAAUUAUCAAGUCGUAUCCAGAGCAUGCUUGGGAAUUAUGAUGAGAUGAAGGACAUGAUAAGUGACCGUCCUUUGAUAGUUGGGAUUCCCAAGCCUAACGUUCCUCCACCACCACCAGAUGAAAAAUCUGGACAGGGCUUUUUUGGAGAUCAGAGACAUAGUGGCUCUCACCAGAGCAAUAAAUGGACUCCUGUAGGCCCAGCACCCAGCACUUCUUCCCAGUCCCAGAAAAAAUCCUCCUCUAGUUCACAAGGAGGACACAGUCGGAGCAGUGGUGGUACCAGCAGCAGUAGUCAGAGGCACGAUCGAGAAUCAUACAGCAGCAGUAGUCGUAAAAAAGGGCAGCACAGUUCGGAUCACUCCAAGUCUCGCUCAAUUAGCCCAUCAAAACAAUCUGCAUUGAAUUCUAGCCAUUCUCGUCCUCACGGGAAUGAUCAUCAUAGCAAGGAACGUCCACGCUCAAAAUCUCCAAGGGAUCCUGAAGCUACUUGGGACUCUCCUUCUCGAGCACCUUCAUUUUCCAGUGGGCAGCACUCCAGCCAAGCUUUCCCCCCAUCUCUAAUGUCGAAGUCUAGUUCAAUGUUGCAAAAGCCUACAGCUUAUGUCCGACCUAUGGAUGGGCCAGAGUCUAUGGAACCAAAAUUGUCCUCUGAACACUACACCAGCCAGGCUCAAGGCAAUAGCAUGAGUGAACUGAAACAUAACAAAGUACAACUCACAAAGCUUAAAAUACCUUCCCAACCACUGGAUGCUUCUGCAUCUGGUGAUGUAAGCUGUGUGGACGAGAUUCUCAAAGAGAUGACUCAUUCGUGGCCGCCUCCUCUGACUGCUAUUCACACCCCAUGCAAAACUGAACCCUCAAAAUUCCCAUUCCCUACAAAGGAUUCACUGCAUACGAGUGAUCAAAAAAGAUACAACCCAUCUUCAAAAGCUACUAAUGGCCACCCACCCAAAUCUAUGCUGAAAGAAGACUUGAAAUUAAGCAGCAGUGAAGAUAGUGAUGCAGAUCAGGAAUGUGACAAAACAUUACCAACAAAUGCACCAGGAAGUAAUUCAGAGCCCUCACAGCAUAACAGUGAAGGUGCAGAAAAUUCAAGGGAUGACUCCAGCAGCCACAGUGGAUCAGAAAGCAGCUCUGGAUCAGAUUCAGAGAGUGAAAGCAGUUCUAGUGACAGUGAGGCAAAUGAACCAUCACGUAGUGCCUCACCAGAGCCUGACCCUCCAUCAUCAAAUAAGUGGCAGUUGGAUAACUGGUUGAAUAAGGUGAAUCCACACAAAGUGUCUCCUGCAUCUUCAGUAGAGAGUAAUAUUGCAUCUUCCCAAGGAUACAAAAAGGAGAAUCAAGAGCAGGGCACUGGAGCAGGUUAUACAGAAUCAAGUGGUCCAAAAGAGUCCAACACAUCGUCUACCCCCAUCCGAGACACCAAGAAUGCACAAAAAGGCUCUGAAAGCAGCCGGGGCAGACAGAAGUCUCCAGCUCAAAGUGAGAGUACCACACAAAGAAGAACUAUAGGGAAAAAACAACCCAAAAAGGCUGAAAAGGCAACUGUAGAGGCACCACGAGGAGGACUCAAAAUAGAAAGUGUUACAACAGCAGAAAUUACCACAAAUCUGCCCCCUAAUAGACACAAGGCUGCUACUAAAGGCUCUCGAAAACCCAACAUAAAGAAAGAACCCAAAUCCUCUCCCCGCCUUGCAGCAGAAAAGAAAAAGUAUAAGCCUUUACCUAGACCCACUCAGAAGUCCAGAGAAUUUGUUGAAACAGAUACCUCAUCUUCUGACUCUGAUGAAAAUGAGAGCCUUCCUCCAUCAUCGCAAACCUCCAAAAAUUCAGAGAGCAAUAGGACUUCUCCAUUAAAACCCUCCAUUGAGGAGGAGGAUAGUUUUUUUCGCCAGCCACCAUUGUUCUCUCCUAUGGAAGAGAAGGAGCUUCUUUCACCCCUUAGUGACCCUGAGGAUCGGUUACCUCUUAUUGUAAAGAUUGACUUAAACCUGUUGUCACGGAUACCAGGACGGCCUUACAAAGAAGCAGAGCAGCCCAAGAUUGAUAAGACCGCAUCAGAGAAGCAUCCAAAAGAGACCCAAAAACAGACUGAGAAAAACUCCAGCAAGGGGAAGCGGAAGCACAAGAAUGAUGAAGAAGUAAAGGGUAACGAAGCCAAGAAACCAAAAGUAGAAGAAAAGACCACAAGCCACAAAGUGCCCAGUAAAGAGUCAUCAAAACCAAAUCCAGUAAAGGAAAAGGACCUUCUCCCUUCACCUGCUCCCCCUGCACUACAGAAAGAUUCCAAGUCUGAACAUGGGCCUCGUAAAAGAACCAUUAGCCAGUCUUCGUCUCAGAAAUCCAGCAGCAGUGGCAGCAUGAAGGAGAGUGGCACCAAAAGUAACUCUUCUGUUAAGCAAAGAAAGACCGAGGGUAAAGCUUCAAGUAUCACCAAGGAGACUAAGGAGAAACCCUCAAGUAAUACAGCUUCUGUUGCUUUCGUGCCACCAGUUGAUAACAAAUCUCGCAGAGCAAAACUGACCUUCGAAGACAGAACUCAUUCAGCUGAUCACUAUCUACAGGAAGCGAAGAAACUGAAGCACAAUGCUGAUGCUUUGUCGGACAGGUUUGAGAAAGCUGUAAUCUAUCUCGAUGCUGUGCUUUCUUUUAUUGAGUGUGGGAACGCAUUAGAGAAGAGUGUCCAAGAAUCAAAAUCUCCAUUUCCGAUGUAUGCUGAAACAGUAGAGUUAAUAAAGUACACCAUGAAAUUAAAGAGUUCUGCGGCCCCUGAUGCUACAUCCGCUGAUAAGAGACUUGCUGUUCUUUGUCUUCGCUGUCAAUCCCUUCUGUACUUGAGGUUAUUCAAACUGAAAAAGGAGAGUGCAUUGAAAUAUUCCAAGACUUUAACUGAACACUUAAAGAACUCUUAUGGUAAUUCUCAAGCUCCAUCUCCUGGGAUGGGAAGCAAAUCUGUGAGCAUGCCUUCUCCAGUGUCUCCAAAGCUGUCUCCCGGCAAUUCGAAUAGCUAUUCCUCCAAUGUAUCCAAUACUACUGGAGGCACAUCAUCCGUGACUAUACCACAGAGGAUUCACCAGAUGGCUUCCAGUUAUGUCCAGGUCACAACCAACUUCCUUUAUGCGACUGAAAUUUGGGACCAAGCAGAACAACUCUGCAGAGAGCAAAAUGAAUUUUUUUCUGAACUGGAUAAAGUUAUGGGCCCCCUGAUCUUUAAUUCCAGCACCAUGACAGAACUGGUACGCUACACCCGUCAAGGCCUGCACUGGUUACGCCUUGAUGCCAAGUUAAAACAUUAAGGACCCAAACAAACCGGAAUGUUUUCUUGCUGCCUCUAAUUUUAUCCACAACACUGUGUUUUGUUGCGAUUGGAAGACUGCCAUAACUUACAGAUUGGGUGGUCAAGAAGGACAAAGAGCUCUGCACGUCUUUGUUUUAGCCAUAUUCAUUCAAAUAAACUUUGCUGUUCAUCUUGCUAAAAGACACUCUAUUUUCAUUUUUAUUUAAGAAGAAAUUAUUUAAAAAUAUUUUCUCAAAGCAUUAUGGAUUUUUUUUUUCUCCCCAUCUCUACUGAGGAAUUAAAAUUCCUGAUGUCAUGCACGAUAAAUUUUUAAAACUAUUUAUUUUAUGCAAACGUUACAUCUGCCGAAGGAGGGUUUUUCUUUAAUUUUUGUUAAUUGUUUUUUAAAAUAAAUGUCGUCAGCAGUUUAGAAGAUGUCAUCAGUACGUCCUGGCCUGCAUUUAAAAGUGCAUUGACGAAUGAUAUGUCCGCAUUUUCUUUUUGCUGUGGUAAUCAUCAUUUUAAAAAAAUAAGGUAACUCUAAAACUUGUGAAAUUUGAAGCAGGAAGAAAAAUCAGUUUAAAAAAAAAAAGAAGAAAAAUCCUACAAUUGUGCGCCUUCCAUGUACUUUUAUGAUAAACCUCACGUUUUCUUUUAAUGAUUUCUCGGCUUUUUAUUGUCUGUGUUAAAAGACCAGGUUAUAUCUCCAUUCAUUUUUAAUAUGCGAUGAUUAGUACCGUACAUAAAACGAAUGCUGAUCAAGAAGUGUUGCAGUUUAUUAUGUCAGGAAAAAACCCAGAUGUAUUCUUCUAUACAUUAAAUAGAUCAUAUAAGCAAAAUAUAUUUAAAAAAUGCAUUUAUAUUGAAUUAUAUUAGUUUUACCAAGUAGGGUAUUGUUGAGGGCAUAUUUAGAUCACAUGAUAAAACACUAUUUAAGCCAAGGGUAACCAUCCUGUAGCUCUGUGGAUGUUGUGUAGCCAGAACUCGUGUUUUAGGAACACAAUGUUUUAGCGAAAAGGCUAGCUAAAGAGAAUUACAGGGGUAGCUGUGUCCUUCGAACAAUCAUAAAGAUUGCAUGAAAUGCAAUGUACAGAUGGGUUAAACAGGGUAUGGUUAUUAUUUUCCUUUUAAUAAUAAUUUAAAAAAAAAACUUCCUGACGUGGUAGAUUAAUUUGGGUGAAACUAAAAUCUUGAUUGAUCUUCUAUAAAUUAAAAUGUUUGUAAAACAUGUUAUAGUCUUCACAGCAUUUUCUAUCCUGCAACAGUGUAGCCUAUUGGUGACACUUGAAUCAGAGUAGUGGUUUAAUGCCCUUGGGAAAGAAAUUGAAACAAUGGCCUGGAAUAUAGCUUUAGUGCAUCAUAUUUGAAAAUUUGCUGAGCUAGCACCUCUUCAAAGGAAAAAAAAAUAUAUAUAUAUCACUCUUAUCACCUUUAAUUUCCAGUUGGGUCAUUGCUUUACUGCUCGAACAUCUGUUUUUCAAAUCAAAAUGUAAAUCAAUGCAGAUAUGAAAGGGAAAGUUGUCUUUCUUGAAGUAACUAUACAUACAUAUGUCAUCCUGGUACUUUUCUUUUGAACUGAAAAAAAAAUAAAUAUAUAGAUAUAUAUUCCAUAUAGCCUUAAUCAAGGCAUAUAUUUAUUUCCACAUUCAGCAUAAAGUCAUGAUUUAUCUGUUUCUACCAGAAACAAGUAUUUCUCAGAAUGUUGGCUCUAGGAAGCAGAAUCAUUGCAUUAUUAGAACAUGUUCCAUUGCACUCUUCAAAAUAUAUAAAUGCAAAUAAAGUAAGGUUUCUCUGAGCAUUCAUGUUUUAUAGCAGACCUUAAAGAGUACAUGUCAAACGUGGGAUUUUGGCCCAACUCCAUAGUAUAAGCAUUAGCCAUGUAUUUUAAUAAUCCAAACUGAUUUUAUUUUAUAGUAUUCAUUGUGUGCGUCUGUACUGCUGAGCCACAGCGUAUCCUAUAAAUUCAUUUAGUCCUCAUGGAGUGCAUGAGGUUAUAUGCUUGUUUGGCGUUUGUUCCCAAAGCAUCAUGGAACAUUAAAGUCACUAAAGACACAAGUGAAGCAAAUAGAUGAAAGCUUCUACUGCAUCACUCAUGCUACAAAAUUGGCUACCUAAAGUCUGUUGGAAAAGCUUUCGAGAUGCCCAGUUAAAUUCUAU